CAUGCAUAAACACUGGUACUGCAAGCUUGCAUUUUUACUGUAUAAUAUAAUACCAUGAAAAGUGUUCACUUCGUGAAAAUGCAAGUGUAUGACCAAAUGAUGAAUGAAUAUGGACCACAGAAAAAUGAUUGAAAAAAAACAUCUACCGAAGCUUGUGCCAUUUCCUUACUUCACUUCAAGCAAAGGUCAUUUAAUGUCAGUUAUGUGUACUUACAUAGGUGUGUAUGGGUAAUUCAAGAAGCAAGGCAGUUGAUCAGCAACCUGAAGAGGACGUUACUCAGGGCCUUACGAGCUCUAUAAUAGUUGAAGAUAAACCCUUUUCAAGCAUCAUACCCGUAGCUCAAAAUGCUGGGGAAAACUCAGCUACAGUUCCAGGUAUAAUGCUUUUCUGAAUAAUUUUGAUAAUGUUGAUAAUGUUGCCAGGUAGAUACGACGUUUGAAUCAUUUCCUUGUAUUCAUCCUCUUUACAACCCUACAGUUGGAACAAUGUCGUUUCCGGAUGGAGAGCAUAAUGAGGCUUUGUUUACGGCUCCGAGUAUACUGACUUUGGAUUAUUGCACAAAUGAAAAUGGUACUGACUACCUUUGCCCACCGAUAUGCCUAAAUUAUUAGCUGCAUAUAUUGUCGCCUAUAUAUCAUUGAUUUCCUUUCCUACUGAUUACAACUCUACAGAUGGAACAAGUUCGCAACGGAUAGGCGGUGAACCUAUAGGCGAUGAACCUUCAAACGAUGAUAUCGAUGGUGCGACAAAUCUGACAGGUAUGAUCAAGCAUGCUUAUCUAACAUCCAUAUUGACAUGAUCUACUGAUGAUGUGGCAGAGCAUUAUGGGCAUUGUGUUUUAUACUUUUGACAUGAUGCAGGCGACAUCAGAUCCAUAGGUGUAAGUCAUAUAACAAGGGAACAAUUCAACACACAAAGGCGUGCAACUUAUCAGAAGAAAAAAGUCCUAGACAAUGUGUUGUUGCAAGAGAUUCAACAGCCCUGCUUGUCGAAAUCUGGUAACUUGGUAAACUGCAGUAUGCUGACUAAUAUUUGCGGCAUCCAAGUUUUUUAACUAUUUUCUUAUAUUUUGUGACAUUGAUAUCUACAUGAGUUUUUAGGAUAAACUGGCUACAAGUAGUGGCUGUUUUUAUUCACUAACUACCAUAUUUUUAUUUCAUCUUGUAGACCAGAGGGAACUUAACAACGCGUGGAGGCGGGCAUCUUAUCGCAUUAGCAAGUUAGAGGGUUUGAAUGAACAACCAGUCGAUGGCCACAUUGUUCAACGUCGUACCCUAGGUGAUAUCACCAAUGUUCGUCAACCUAGACAUGUGAUCUCGGGUACAUCAAUUACUCUUUAUUUAUCAACUUGUAGGGUCAGCGUCCCUUAGGUAUAUCACAAAAGAUUACUUAUCUAUCAUGUUGGAUCAGAUGACUUGAAUGUCACCAAAGAGAAUCCAGAAAAAACAGAUGAAGAUCGCAAAAGAGAUCAUAGAAACGCCCUCAGGAGAGCGUCUUAUCGGAGGAAAAAAGAGCGGAUUCUCCAAGAAGAUAAACUCCACGCCCUUAAUUUAUCAGGUAAUAACUAAAUGUUCUAACCAUUAUAUUUAGUACCUUCAAGUCAUGUCUUAACCAUUACAUUUUCCUUAUGUUUUAUUAACCAUAUUUAACCAGACAACCCAACUAGCUCCUCCUAUGCAACAUUAUCGCAUAUUGAUUCAGCAUUUACUGCUAAAACUACGGAGACAUUUGGUCUGGUUAAUGACAAUGAUCUACAUGGUAAUCGACUUGUGAAUAAGAUGUCAUCAAUGUGGUUAUAUUAUGUUUUACUCACUAAAUUAAAAUUAUGUCAUGAAUGACACCAGAUGUCGACGAGAAUAUACUUGAAGAAACAAAUCAUAUAACCGAGGAAGAGCGCAAGAGAGAUCAUAGAAAUGCUCUUAGGAGAGCUUCUUAUCGGAGGAAAAAGGAUAAGAUACAAGCAGAUGAAAAUUUACGGCCACGACCUAAAAUAGGUAAGUAGGAUUUUUAUUAAUGCACGGUGCAUACCUUAUCAUACCAACUGUUUCUUUAUGUUCACGUUGACUGACAAAUAAUUUGCUCACAAAGCGUACCGUCAUAUGCUUGAUCUUACAAAAGGAAUGUUCUAAUUUUCAUUAGUCACUAAAACAGACUUGUUCUAAUGAUCAUUUCACAUCUACUUUCAUAAAGGCACCGUUGAUAAUGCUAACUAUCCAGACUUAUUGCAUGAUGAUGCAACAUUACCAAACUCAUCAUUAGACGCCUCUGGUGUUACCCAUGAAAACGACCGAGAUAGGAGGAUACAGAGAAACUCUCGUAGCCGAGCAUGUUAUCAGAAGAAAAACGAGGAAUUGACGGUUGAUGAUAGAGAAGAUCUGAAUGAAAAGAUCCGAGGGAAGCGCGUAGAACGCCGCAAAAGCAUGUCCAUGAUUGAGAAAGGGCAGUCAAGUGCUCAAAGGAAGGCCAGUUAUGCUAAACGAAAAAACACCCCGUGCAAAGAAUCCAUCACACUCCCACGUCCAGACAUAACAAACUCAACAUCCGAUAGUCUAGCAAUACCCCUCUCUCUGCCUGCCGAAGAUGAUUCAUCAGAUGGCGACCCUCCCCCGGUCAUGCCGAAUUACGGUGUUUGCACCAAUGGUAUGUACAUGCUUGUGUUUGGUUCUGUUGCUCAUUCUCAUCCACCUUGUUCUCACAUGAUGCGGUCUAUUGCCACAUUCUCCGCAACUUUUUUGCAGACGACAUCGAUGUGUUCCCAGAACCCAUCAUGGGCGAUGAGCCAACACCAGCCGAAUUGAUGGAUGAGGAGUACUACAUGUAUCGCAACCAAGGUAUGGUCAACUCGGAACUUGGAAGGCGUGGAGCUUUAUUCUAAUUGUAGUACUAUGUGAAUAUUAGUUUGAAAAUCAUGUUUCAACAAAUACCUGUAGGAUCCGAUAAUGACACAUUCGAGGAUGACGAGGAAGCGAGCAUGUCGUCUACUAGGCCUAGCGAGGUUGAUCCAUUAGACUAUGUGUACACAAACAUACCAGACAGCACUCACAUCCUCAAGCUCGACGCAAACUGCAAACACUGCAAUGCCAGAAAGUUUGUGUCUGAGACAGAUAGAUUCUGCUGUCGCAAUGGACAGAUCGAGCUUAAACAACCGGAACCAAUCCCAGAGCUUAUGAGGCUAUGGCCUAGCAUGGAUGCAGAUUCUAGACAUUUUCGUGAGAACAUACGGUUCUUCAACGGGCAUUUCGCCUUCACAACCCUUGGCGUCAGCCUUGAUGAGAACUACAUCAACAUGAAGUCUGGGGUGUACACAUUCCGGGCACACGGAACCAUCUACCAUAAUGUGCACUCGUUCAGGCCUAGCUCAUGUCCAGAACAUCUGCAGUUGUACUUCUAUGAUGACGACCCGAGCAUAACUCAUCGUAAGGCGGCCACCAAGCAAUUAGACCAGGAUGUCGUGAAGAUGUUAGUAUACAUACUAAAAGAAAACCCGUACUCCCAGCAAUUUAGGAGUUUGGGUGCACACAAGGACAACCUUGAUGAUUAUGGGAUAGACCUAAACAUCGAUAAGAGGCUUGACCAAAGAACAUAUAAUAGACCAUUGUCAUCUGAGGUUGCUGCAAUUUGGGUUGAGGGCAGCGACCUGACAAAAAGGUUUGACCGGAGGAUAACACUUUGUGGUAACAACAAUGAAAGGCAUAGUAUACGUGUGUCAUCCGGAGCAUAUGACCCGUUGUCUUAUCCCCUAUUCUAUCCAAGGGGGGAACUAGGUUGGCAUCCAAAACUACCUAAACGGGGUGUUCCUUGGGAGGCUGUACAACAUCCUCAACUGGUCCAUGAUGAUGAUGAGGAUGCAGGUAUGACGUCUAUUUCCCUUUUUGUCCAAAUAAUAAAUUAUUUCUCAAAUAUAUCAUCAUUUUGAGACUAUUCCAUCAUGUGUAGAGGGAAAUAGCAGGUUGUGCGUCUCUGUCAGAGACUACUACUGUUAUAUGCUGCAGACACGGCCUGCAAUCUUUAAUCCCAUGCUCUGUGGUGCACUCCUGCUGCAGCAAUGGACGGUCGACAUGUACGUCAAGAUUGAGAGUUGUCGGUUGAGGUGGUACAGGAAGAACCAGACGCAGAUUCGUGCCGACUUGUAUAAAGGAGUUGUUGAUGCGAUCACAUCUGGGGAUACGCGAGCAAGCAUUGUUGGGGUUAGAAUAGUUCUCCCUGGGACAUACCCUGGUGGCAACCGCGACAUGAAGAAGAGGCAUAUGGAUGCCAUGGCAAUUUUCCAUACAUACGGGAAGCCUGACCUUCCUCACCAUGACUUGCAAUCCUAAAUGGGAAGAGAUAAAGAAUGAGUUGCUGCCUGGUCAAACGGCGCAAGACCGACCUGAUAUUGUGGCUCGAGUGUUCUAUGGCAAACUAGAACACAUGAAAUACGUGUUGUUCAAGAAGCAUAUCCUGGGUGUUGUUGUUGCUUACGUAUACGUAGUCGAGUUCCAAAAAAGGGGCCUCCCCCACGCACAUUUUUUGUUGAUCAUGGACUCAACAUAUAAGGUUAUCAUCCCGGAGCAGUAUGACCGACUCAUUUCCGCGGAGCUCCCAAACAAGCGCAAGUAUCCGGAAUUGUAUGCAAUGGUGGUAAAACAUAUGAUGCACAGACCAUGCGGUGCUCUUAAUCCCAAGAAUGUUUGCAUGCAAGAAAAUGGUUGCAAGUGUAGAUAUCCACGGCUGUUCAAUGAGAACACAUCACAGGGGAAGGACUCAUACCCAGUUUAUCGACGGAGAGACGAUGGAAGACGUGCUAAGGUCCGAGGGAAGAUGUUGGACAACCGUUGGGUUGUGCCUUAUAACCCAUACCUUCUGCGGAUGUUCAAUUGCCACAUAAACAUUGAGGUCUGCUCUAGCAUAAAGGCCGUCAAAUAUCUUUACAAGUACAUUUACAAGGGCCAUGAUAAGGCUUCUUUCAGCAUCGACCAGCCCGACGCCAAUGGUAACAUUGAUGAGAUCAAGAGAUACGUUGAUGCAAGGUGGGUCACCCCUCCGGAGGCUAUGUGGAGGAUAUUUGGAUUCCCACUUUGCGCCAAUUACCCGCCUGUCUUGUAGUUGCCUCUUCAUCUCCCAAAUAUGCACAGGGUUGCAUUCAAUGCGCAUGCUGAUUUAAAGAAUGUUGUCGCCUCCGAAAAUGCUUCAAAAUCCAUGUUAACUGAGUAUUUCAAAGCUAACUAGGAACACCCUCGUGCUAGGCAUAUAUUGUACAAGGAUUUUCCCAGAAGCUUUACGUGGCAGAAGAAAAAGAAGUAUUGGAAGCCGCGUGUCGAGCGUUUUCAAAUUGGCCGCAUUGUGUUUGCCAAUCCUGCCGAAGGGGAGCGAUACUACCUGCAUGUGUUGCUUAACCAUGUUAUGGGCAAAACAUCCUUCAACGACUUGCUCACCGUGGACGGCGUGCUAUGUGGGAGCUUUAGAGAGGCUGCUGAAAGGUUGGGACUCAUCGAGGCAGACAACACGCUCGACGACUGUCUUAAUGAGGCUGAGCAGUGGGCGAUGCCAUGUUCACUUAGGAGGCUUUUCGCAACCAUCUUGGUGCACUGCGAGCCAGGCG